AUGACCUUUUCAGUGAAGAUUCGUGCAGAUAGUAAAGCCGUUCCAGUGGUAGUGAUAUUGUACAGUGAGUCUUGGAGUCGCGCUGGAGUGACGAGCCUCCCGUGCGAGGAGCUGGCGGCCGAGGGCGUGGUGGUGGUGACCGUGGCCUUCCGCCUUCACUUGCUCGGCUUCUUCACCCUCAGGUCCAAGUUAGCACGAGGCAACCUCGCGCUGCUAGACCAGUACCUUGCUCUAGUAUGGAUUAGGGAAAACAUAGCAGCGUUUGGCGGAGAUCCUGCAGCAAUAACACUCAUGGGACAUUCCGCUGGUGCCGACAGCGUGUUACAGCAUCUCGCCUCACCACGUUCUCAGGGAAUGUUUCAGAGAGCAAUUUUAAUGUCACCGCGAUACAUUUGGCGUGCCCUUGACGAUAACUUCCAUGCUGAUUUGGAUAUGGAUGUAGAAAAAGUUUCUCGUGAAAUGGCUCGUGAAAUUGGUUGCCGUGGAGAGGAUGAAGAAAUAAUCCAGUGCUUGCGAGAUCGACCCUUGACCGAGAUAAUGAAAACAUACAAGAAUUUAAAUUGGAGUAAUGUAAUCGAACCGAUAGCAGACAACUUUUUGCCGGAAUCUGAACAAUAUAUGCCAAAGUCUCUGUCGACUGCGAUGUCAGCAUCGAGGCAACCUACCGCGCAACUUGACCUACUUGUUGGCGCUACCGACCUUGAAGCAAUUACCCAUUAUGAAGAGUACGAUGUGUUGGCUCGCCGAGGGUCUAUAAGUAUUAUAGAUUAUGCAACAAACAAAAUAAUACCAGAAUUACUUCGUAUAUUGUCGUUCCCACCGACUGAUGCCUAUGAAACUAUUACAGAAGCAGUAAAAUGGGAGUUUUGGGGAGACACACAUUCAGGUGUUGAGAAAGUGGAUGGUUUCCGCUAUGCCGAAGGUUUGGCUCGAGCGCGCUCGUCUGUGGAGUGGGGCGUGGGCACCGCGCUGCUGGCGGCCCGGCUCGCGAGGCGCUACUCGCGGCUCUACGUGUACCGGUACUCGCAGCCGGCUGGAGUAGACAUGCGGGGGCGACAGCUCAACUUCACCGGAGCAGCACAUGGUACGGAUUUGGUUGCUUUACUCGGAGAUGCGAUGUUGCUUCAAUUGACUCGGAGACGGACGACAUCUGACCAGCAAGGAAUAUCGUCCUUAUUUCGCCGAUACAUAAUAAAUUUCGUAAAAUACGGGUCACCAGCUACUGAUAACGAGUGGGCCCGCUACAAGGCCGGUGAUGCACAUGUCCAAGAUAUACACGAUGUGAUCAACUCCUGUGCAGCUCAUGAAACUAAACGUCACGUUGCGUUUUGGACACAAUACCUUCCUCAUUUGUACAAUUCACUGUCAGACCCAGAACGAACUGAACAAUUUACGUCAUCAUCAGGUGAAGGCCGACUCCGCGGCGGCGUGUUCGCGCUGUGCGGCGUCUCGCUGGUGCUGCUGGUGCUGCUGUGCGCGUGCGCAGUACUGCUUCGGUGGCAGCGCGCACAACGACCCGACCACCCUUAUGAUAACCAUUAGUUUAAGGACAUAAGUAGGUUACUAUAGUGCCACAAACAUAUCUGUUCCGGUGACAGUUCAAGUACAUGUCUAAUAUUUCUUCAUUCUAUGAGAUUUUAAGUUUGCCCGUGGUGGUAAUUUGCCCUUGCGGUUAUAAUAAACCCAUCUAAUCUAUAUCAAUAUACAAUUAAUUAGUAAGUAAUGAGAUAUGAAUCCAUUUAGUUCGCUCUCACCGGAACAGAUAAGUUUGUGGCACUAUACAUGAAUGAAAUCUGAACAAAGUGUAAUAUAUAAGCCUAUAUUU